UUUUUCCACUUUCAACCAUAAAAUUUCUGAACGAUAUUUUAUUUUGUUGUUGGUAUGGAUAUAUGGUUGGUGAGAAUGAGUUGCUACCUCAACAACACCAUUGACCACUCAUUUCCAUCAACCAACAAAGCAAGCAUCCAAAUGCACUCUCACCUCUCCUUCCCUUCACAAUGCUCUCUUCCACAUUCCCUUCCCUCUUUCUCCACCACCACCACCUACUCCUACUCCUACUCCUCUUCACUUCCCCAUGGCCAAGAAUCUUCUUGAAUAAUCCCUCACAGAUUCCAAAAUAAGCACACCCUUUGUGUCUUCUAUCAUUUUUCAUUGUUUAUAUCAUGAAUCUCUCUUGUCGCUUCUCUUCAACUAAACACACAACUCCCCCUUCUUUCCUUCGAAAUUCUCACACCCACUUCUCCAAAAACACUUGCCAAACCUUUGUCAAAGAGUGUAACCAUGUCAAGCCUGUUAUUUCCCUUCCACCGCCAAUAACCAAGGCUUCGUUUGGCCUUCUCAGGUUCAGAACAUGCAAACUCUCACACCCUUUUGCGACUUUAUCAUCUUUUGCAGAAGCUGAAGGUGAAGGAGGCCACCAUCAUCAUCAGCAUGAGCAUGAGCACGAGCAUGAUGCAGGACCAAACAAUGGACAGUGUGAAGAUGAAUUGCCUGGGAUUGCAAAAGCCUUUAACGUAUCAUCGGGCAUUGCAUCAGCCAUAUCAAUAUGCAUGGCAUUGGCGGUUCUAACAUUUCCCUUGUUCAUGUCAUCGGUGGUACAAGGUUUGACUCUGAAGAUGAAGGUGUUGUCCUAUGCAACGCUCUUGUUUGGGUUCUACAUGGCUUGGAACAUUGGUGCUAAUGACGUGGCAAAUGCAAUGGGAACUUCGGUGGGUUCGGGUGCCUUGACGCUUAGGCAAGCCGUUUUAACAGCGGCAGUGUUGGAGUUUUCGGGGGCACUGAUGAUGGGAACGCACGUGACAAGCACGAUGCAGAAGGGGAUCCUCGUUGCUAAUGUGUUCAAUGGGAAGGACUCUCUUCUUUUUGCUGGGUUGCUCUCUUCACUUGCUGCUGCUGGUACUUGGUUACAGUGUGCAUCAUAUUAUGGUUGGCCAGUAUCUACUACCCAUUGUAUAGUGGGAGCAAUGGUGGGGUUUGGUCUAGCUUAUGGAGGUGCUGGAGCUGUUUUCUGGGGUUCUCUGGCAAGGGUGAUCUCUUCAUGGGUUGUCUCACCACUAAUGGGGGCAGCUGUGUCAUUUCUUGUCUACAAAUGCAUCCGAAGGUUUGUGUACAGUGCACCAAACCCAGGGCAAGCAGCAGCUGCUGCAGCACCAAUUGCUGUAUUUCUUGGGGUAACGGGGAUUUCUUUUGUGGCCUUCCCUCUUAGCAAGAUGUUUCCUUUAGCUCUGACCCAGGCUUUAGCCAGUGGAACUAUUGGUGCUUUUCUGGUUGACAGAAUUAUCAGAAAACAGCUUGGACAUCUUCUUGUCAAGUCAAAUGCUCCACAGCCUGAAGCAAAAGAAGAAACUGUCCACCAAAGCAUAGGAUUCCUCUCCGAUGUUGCAGGUCCAAAGGGUACUCAAUUGGAAAUAGUUUAUGGAGUUUUUGGGUACAUGCAGGUCCUCUCAGCAUGCUUCAUGUCAUUCGCUCACGGUGGAAACGAUGUCUCCAACGCCAUAGGUCCAUUGGCAGGUGCACUGGCUAUUCUUCAAGGUGGUGCCGCAGGAACUGAAAUUGUUAUUCCAAUUGAUGUUCUUGCUUGGGGAGGAUUUGGAAUUGUUGCAGGGCUAAUGAUGUGGGGUUAUAGAGUGAUUGCUACUAUAGGAAAGAAGAUAACAGAACUUACACCAACUAGAGGAUUUGCAGCUGAGUUUGCUGCUGCCUCUGUGGUUCUGUUUGCUUCAAAACUUGGGCUACCCAUUUCAGCAACCCAUACUCUUGUAGGUGCAGUAAUGGGUGUUGGAUUUGCUAGGGGACUUAACAGGGUUAGAUCAGAAACUGUGAAGGAGAUUGUGGCUUCCUGGGUAGUUACCAUUCCAGUUGGUGCUAUUUUAUCUGUCAUCUACACUUGGAUCUUGACUAAGAUUUUGUCCUAUAUUUUAUAAUGGUUCAUGCCAAGAUAUGAAAGCUUAUGUAGGUAAUUAAUUCAAGUUUCUAGCACCAUCUUUCACACGAUUAUUUUCUGUGGUACAAAUUGGAGACGAGGAUUAGUGUGGCAGCACAGGCAUCUUGGUUAGCAUGCUCUUUAACUCAAUUGGCAAGGGAUGAAUCUUUUAUGUUCGGAUGUCAAGCCUGUGAUUGCUUCUGUUCAUUUAAUCUCGGAGGGGAAACUUAAUAAGCGAGCAAAUGAGUGAAGAAUUUGUCAGCUCCAGCGUUGCUAGACCAAACUAUUAUCUAGCUAAGUUUAAAACACUUAGCAGUCCUUUUAGAUUCAUCAAUAAUAUUGGUAAAAAUCAGACGUAUGUACUUAAUAGAUUCAUUUUAACCAUUUGGCCUUAUCUUUGCUUAAAAUCCACUUGUUGAAAACAUUCUUCGAUAUAGAGCUGAGAUUCAAAGGGCAUAAACCGGUUUUUCCAAUAAGGUUCUUGAAGUCGACCAGUUUUGUUAGAACAAUAUAGUGGUAUGAAAAACGUACAAGAGCUAUACAUGAUACAUCCCAUGAAUAGAACCGAAUUAGGUAAGAAACAUUAACAUGCAUGACCUUUUGUUUCUGAAAUAUAGCGGCUGUAUGUCUUACCU